GGCGUCGGGCCCCUCGGGAUCCGCGCGAGGCGGGCGGCUGAGCCGCUUGGUGCUGCAGCCGCCACUGUCGCUCCGGGGCCCGCUGCCAGCAUGUCGCUGCCUCCGGAGAAGGCGUCGGAGCUGAAGCAGCUCAUCCACCAGCAGCUGAGCAAGUUGCGGUCAGAGCCGUACGUUUACUGAUAGUUUUGGAAGCCGCAAACCCGAGAAGCAAGUUUUAACUGCUUUGUGAUGAUGUGAGUUACAAUUCGAAUUUUCUGCGUAGAUGGAUGUCCAUGGCAGAAUAAGAGAAAUCCUUGCUGAGACCAUACGGGAAGAAUUGGCACCGGAUCAGCAACAUUUGUCGACCGAAGAUUUGAUAAAAGCCCUUAGACGUCGAGGAAUCAUUGAUGAUGUGAUGAAAGAACUUAAUUUUGUUACCGAAAAUGUUGAUCAAGAACUUCCUUCCUCUCCAAAACAACCUGUUGGUUUUGAUAAACAAUCAACGUUAAAAAAAACUAAUAUUGAUCCAACACGGAGGUAUCUUUACCUUCAGGUUUUGGGUGGAAAAGCUUUCUUGGAACAUCUUCAAGAACCUGAGCCUUUACCUGGACAAGUUUGUUCAACUUUUACUUUAUGUUUACAUUAUCGGAACCAACGUUUUCGUUCUAAACCUGUUCCAUGUGCCUGUGAACCUGAUUUUCAUGAUGGCUUUUUACUUGAAGUACACAGAGAAAGCUUAGGCGAUGGAACUAGAAUGGCUGAUUCAACAACAAUGUUAUCAAUAAGUGAUCCAAUUCAUAUGGUGCUAAUCAAAACUGACAUAUUUGGUGAGACCACCUUAGUAGCAUCCUAUUUUCUGGAAUGGCGAUCAGUUUUGGGUUCAGAAAAUGGAGUAACCAAUCUGACUGUGGAGCUUAUGGGUGUAGGCACAGAAUCAAAAGUUUCUGUGGGAAUUUUAAAUAUAAAACUUGAAAUGUAUCCACCACUUAAUCAGACAUUAUCUCAAGAAGUGGUGAACACACAGCUUGCUUUGGAACGUCAGAAAACUGCAGAGAAAGAGCGAUUAUUUCUUGUGUAUGCCAAGCAGUGGUGGAGAGAAUAUUUGCAAAUUCGACCCUCACACAACUCACGGCUAGUGAAAAUUUUUGCACAGGAUGAAAAUGGAGUAAAUAGACCCGUCUGUUCCUACAUUAAACCACUUCGAGCUGGCCGGCUUCUGGAUACUCCACGGCAGGCAGCAAGAUUCGUUAAUGUCCUUGGUUAUGAACGAGCUCCUGUUAUUGGAGGAGGAGGUAAACAGGAACAAUGGUGCACUCUGCUGGCCUUUCUCUGUAGAAACAAGGGUGACUGUGAAGAUCAUGCUAACCUUCUGUGCAGCCUUCUUCUUGGAUAUGGGUUAGAAGCCUUUGUCUGUGUAGGGACUAAGGCAAAAGCAGUACCUCAUGCAUGGGUUAUGACUUGUGGAACUGAUGGAACCAUCACUUUUUGGGAGAGUUUAACUGGACACAGGUAUAUUCACAAACCUAUUAAUCCUGAUGAGCCUCCGCUUGCCGAACAGGCCAAACCAUUGUACCCAUAUCGAACGAUUGGCUGUGUUUUCAAUCAUCAGAUGUUCCUUGGAAAUUGUCAACCCUCUGAUGCAGUAGAAACCUGUAUAUUUGAUUUGAAUGAUGAAUCCAAAUGGAAACCCAUGAGUGAAGAAGCAAUUAAAUCUGUGUGUGCCCCAGGAGCGACAACAUCCCUUCCUCCCUUUCCACCUCUGUGUGCAUCCACAAUUGAUGCAUCUGUCACAAGUAAUGAAAUAGAAAUGCAGCUGAGGCUGCUAGUGUCAGAACACAGAAAGGAUCUUGGCCUCACGACUGUUUGGGAAGACCAGCUUUCUUAUCUUUUAUCACCAGCGUUGGCUUCUUAUGAAUUUGAGCGCACCACAAGUAUAUCUGCAGGCAACGAAGAAUUUCAGGAUGCCAUAAGGAGGGCGGUACCUGAUGGUCACACAUUUAAAGGGUUCCCUAUACAUUUUGUGUAUAGAAAUGCAAGGCGUGCAUUUGCCACCUGUCUUCGAUCCCCUUUUUGUGAAGAAAUAAUCUGUUGCCGUGGAGACCAGGUGCGACUGGCAGUUCGUGUCCGAGUGUUUACUUACCCCGAAUCUGCAUGUGCUGUUUGGAUCAUGUUUGCUUGUAAAUAUCGCUCUGUAUUAUAGGACUAGCAUUUCCAUAAGAAUUAUACCUGUGUUUUACUGAAAUUUUACACAUUAUAUAUUACUAGCUGUUUGAAGGUUUGUUUUUUUUUAUUAUUAUUAUCAUAAUCUGCUUUGGAUGUCUUAUUUCAAUUUUGUAUAGACCUGACUGAUAAUGUUUUAAAAAAUCAUGAUUUGUGUAUUUCAAGUCUAAGGAUGAAAAACUUGUAAAAAUCUUAGUUGGAUUUAAUAUAAAUUAAGUGUAUAUUCUAUUUUAAUAAAUGCUACUUUGUUUACAGGUAUUCAGUAGUUUAAAUAUGAAUAUAAAAUUUACUCGGUUUUCUUUACACUAAUAAUUAUCAUAGAGGUAUAUAGCUAAGGGUUUGGACUAUAGUAAAAUCAAAGUGAUUAUGAUUUUUCAGAGGUGAAUGAAAUUAUUUUAAAUAUAUUAGGAGGAAUUAACCUCACAAGAUUUAUUAAUUGCAUAUAUAAAAAUACAUUUUGGUGAAUUACCACUUUUGUGGUUUACCCAUGAUGCUGGGGAUAUUUGAGACUCCCCAGAAAUUUUUGGAAAGACUUCUUCAGAGUAGGAAAUCAGUAAUUCCACAAAAGCAUGAAUAUUAAUAACAGAGCUCAUAUGAAAGUACUUCAGUAAUUUAUAAAUAUUUAUUGUUACAGAAGUGUAUUGGGUAUUUAAAAAAUGUUUUCUCUUGCACCCCUGUAUUAUGAUACAGAUCUAUUUUUUUUUUAAUGUUUAUUUUUUAGUUUUAGGUGGACACAAUAUCUUUACCUUAUUUUUACGUGGUGCUGAGAAUCGAAUCCAGUGCCUCACGCAUGCCAGGCGAGCAAGCUACCACUUGAGCCACAUCCCGAGCCCCAAUACAGAUUAUUUUCUAUAAUUAACAAUGGCAUUCUAUCACUGUUACUGUUUUUAGUGGUCAGAAGAUUUAUUUCUAACCUCUUAAUGGAUUCCAUCUUCUGAGACCACUUCUUUUCAUUGUGAUAAAAACAUCAGUGUAUGUGUGAAUAACCUAAGUGAGAGAAUCAUUGUGUGAGGCCACUGAAAAUAAGUAAUAAAUGAGUGAAUCCAUGCUCCUAUUUUUAAAAAUUGAACAGGUUUUAUGUGAGCAAAAGUAAGCAUUAAAAAGACUCUAGCAGGGCUAGGGCUGUGGCUCAGUGGUAGAGCGCUUGCCUAGCAUAUGUGAGGCACUGGGUUUGAUCCUCAGCACCACAUAUAAAUGAAUAAAGGUAUAAAAAAUUUUUUAAAAAGCAGUUCAACUUUCUAUAAAAGGCUAUAUGAUAAUAAGUGAUAGGUUUGACUGUCCUUUUAGCAUCUCUGUACAAAGUUUUUUUUUGUUUUUGUUUUUGCUUUUAGCAGUGCUGGGGAUUGAACCUAGGACCCUGCACAUGCUAGGCAAGCAUUUUACCACUGAGCUAUAUAUCCCAACCCUCCGUAAAGUUCUUAAUUCAGUUGCUUUAUCCAGUGGUCUUCUUAAAGUAAAUGUAUAUCAGUUGUCUAUCCAAGUUAUUAAUUCUAUUUGUCAUUAACUAUUGCAAAAUACACGAUUUUUUUUUUUAAAUAAAGAUAUCUUAAAAUUUACUUUUUUUCUUUAUUUUUAUGUGUAGUGAAUAUUUAUGAUUUAACUUGUUUUAAAAGUCUGGAACUAUUACUAUCCUAUUAUCACUUUUUAUUGAAAAUGGUAAUCAGAUAUUUCUUGUGAGAUGAUAUUUAAGAAAUUAGUGAAAUAAGAAUUAAGACAUUUUUAUUUGUUGCCACAAUUACACAUAAAGCUAUCAACAGAGAAAAUUACUCAUAAUUUUUAAUUUUUGAGAUAAACUAUAAAGCACAUAAUAAGAGACACAGUCUAUAUAUAUGCUGUGUGUAGUGGCACACACCUGUAAUCCCAGCCACUUGGGAGGCUGGGAUAGGAAGACUGCAAUUUCGAGGCCAACUUCAGCAAUUUAGCAAGGUCCUAAGCAACUUUGUGAUUAUUUAGUAAGUACUACUUACUAAGACCCUGUCUCAGAACAAAAGAUAAAAAGGGCUGGGGAUGUGGCUCAGUAGUUCAGCACCUCUGGGUUCAAUCUCCAGUACCAAAGAAAGAAAAGAAGAGGCAGACUUUAUGGGCUGUUUUAUCAUCAAGUGAUCAAGGCUGUAGUGAUGUUAGUCUGGGUUUCCUGCCUUCCUGUACCAUGAUAACACGUGUUUUGAAUGCUUUUGGUAUAAAUUCUAAAAUAAAUUUGCUUUUUAUGCACUUUAAUAAGAGUCUGGCAUUAAUUAAUAUUUUUCUUUGAAGAUAGUCUAAUGACUUCAGUACAUUUAUUACUAGGAUUCUCUUACUAAUAAUUUUUCUUAAGAAUUAAAUUUGCCUUUGUAUAUUUAGCUGUUAUAAGGUUGUUUAUUAAAAUUUUUUGUAUAA